AUGGAGAAACUCUCCAAGGCCCUCGAGUACUACAUUCGUUCCCGGUUGAAUAGUGACCCCGGAUGGAAAGGCAUCAAGCUGGAGAAGGUGAACACAAGAUCAUGUCUUUCAUCCAGUGACAACAGAGCCUGGAGAACUAUGAUCCAAACACAAGGCACUGCUUGUAUGGAUAUAUUGGAUGCGGACCUCAUAAUGCUCGCUUUGGCAUCUCAUGAACUUCACUUUUCAAUUUUGCGUGAGUUUUUGAACAUAUGGGUUCUGAGGGAGUACCUGGAGCUUGAUUUGAAGAUACCGAACCUGGUUGUCAAAACGGAUAUCGAGAGGCUAAUAGAUGAUUUCAUAUUUAUCAGUUUCCUGACAGGAAAUGACUUCAUUCCACAUAUUCCUUCAGUUGAGAUACAUGAGGGUGCAAUUGAUCUGCUGUUGGAAGUGUACAAACAAGCAUUUAACAAAAUGGGGGGCUAUAUUGUAAGCACCGAGAAGUUAAAAGACAAACAUGCUGCAUAUCUUAAAGUUUCGAGGUUGGAAAAGUUUUUUCAUGAACUGUCCUUGUGUGAAGAGAAAUUUUUUCUUAAAAGAUAUGAACUGCGAGAGAAGUUACAGCGCAAUUUAGUGCGCCGAGCUGCAGAAGAAUGGAAAGAAAGAAACUAUGACAAUAUGGUAACUGCAAAUACCUUGGAGCUGAGGCGAAACUUAAAGGAUACUCUUCGUAACAAGCAAGACCUUAUAAAAAGUGGAGCCUGUAAACAUGAUGCGAUAAGAUUGGGAUUUGCGGGGUGGAAAUCUCGAUUCUACAGGGAAAAGUUUGGUGUGGAAAAAUCUAAUGAAGUUGGGAAGCUGAAGAAUGACAUGGUUCAAAAGUAUCUGGAAGGACUUUGUCGGGUGCUGCAGUACUAUUUUGCAGAUGUGCCAUCAUGGAGCUGGUACUACCCCUUCUAUUAUGCUCCUUUUGCAUCUGAUUUUAAAGGACUAUCUCACUUCAAGAUAUCUUUCACUGCUGAUAAGCCACUAAGGCCAUUCGAUCAGCUCAUGGCAGUUCUUCCAAAACAAAGGCACAUUGAUACCCAUGGGAAACGUUUCUUGUGGCAAGGUAUUGCAAUGUUGCCAUUCAUUGAUGAAAGGCUGCUGAUUUUGGCUACCAAGACGGUGGAGGACAAACUUGCAGUGCAUGAGAUAAAUAGAAACACAGUUCGACGAGAUAAGAUCUUCCUGAGGAACUCAAAUACUAUGCCAAAUGGUUCAGCUUUUGCGCAGACAUCUGAUUGUUUGGCAAAAAAGCUUCCGUUAGAUCCAUCUACCAGUGAACUUGGAGGGUGGUUGUCACCUGUUGACGACGAUAUUAUAAGCUGUGGUUUCUUACGUUCACCGAUACGAGAUCUACAGGACAUUAGGAAUGACCAGACAAUAUCAUUCUUGUUCUCCAACCCAGAACCAGUGCAAAUCAUUCCGAGGCUACUUGAUAAUGUCCAAAAACCUGAAAAGACUGUAACUGAAACUGAGAUUCCAAAGAGGCCGCUGUGGCACACCUAUCCUGGUAGCCGACCACCGCCUGAAACCAUCCCAACCGUGGCAGAGCCUCAGUCGAUGAUCAGCGGCUUUGGACGUGGGAGAGGGAGAGCCAUCACUGCAGAUUCAGCGCUGGGCGGUGGCCGUGGCUACGGGAGAAGUUUUUAUGGGGCUGACGUGGCGCAAAGCCGAGGCUGCACAUUCGGAAGCGCUUGUGCAGGAAGAGGGCAGUAUGGCGGCGUGUUCCAGAGGCAGCAGACGGCUUGGCGCCCUGUUGGGAAUUCAGGCGGCUGUGGUGGGAGUGAACAGCACCGUGGUUGGUAA